AUGAUUCGUGGUGUCAAACUGGAAAACAACGAAGAAUGGACGGCAUUUUAUCAGGAUGAGGUUUACCCUGGAGGGGGCAGCAUGGCGCCCGGGCUGGGUGGAUACGUACCUUCCAAUGCUCCAUACUUGAGCGGCAGCCACCAGGACACUGGUAUCUCUGCCGGGGCUCCCAUGGGCCUGGGUGCGCCAGUGAGCCAGUUUGGGGUCCUGCAGCCGGACGUGUACGUCGGGGAUGGCAAAAGGGGGCCGUACGCUUUCGAUGCAGCCGUAGGGGAGUCCAAGGGAGGAUACCGGCGUAACUUCAGUCAUGCCAAGCCUCCCUAUUCCUACAUUUCCCUCAUCAGCAUGGCCAUCCAGCAAGCCCCGGCCAAGAAGCUCACACUGAACGAGAUUUACCAGUGGAUCCGGCAGCUCUUCCCCUACUACAGGCAGAACCAACAGCGCUGGCAAAAUUCCAUCCGGCAUUCCCUGUCCUUCAACGACUGUUUUGUCCGCGUGCCGCGCUCCCCCGACUCCCCGGGGAAAGGCUCCUACUGGGCCCUGCACCCCGACUCGGGCAACAUGUUCGAGAACGGCUGCUACAUGCGUCGGCAGAAGCGCUUCCGGUGUCCGCGAGGCUCAGAGCGAAAGGCCCCGCGGGAGGACAAGGUCCCCGAGCCCAACGACGUGGCCAUUCCCUCCACCUCCUCCACCUCCUCAGAUGGCUCUCCUCCGGCCCAACCCCCCCUUGUUGUCGCCAGCCCCCAGAUACCCAAAUCUCCAUCCCCUCCACUUCCAUUUCAGCCCCCCAGUCUUUCUCCAUCCUCGUCCCUUCAUCCCUCCAUCUCCGGCCAGCAUCCCCUCUGCCUUUCUCCCCCCAAGCUUCCUCAGGUACCCAUGUCAUCUACAGUCCAGCAACCUCUACCUCCAGUCCCACCCCCUUGUCUGUCACUUGAUCCGUGUCUCCGUAGCGAACCACUCACCCAGCACCCGUUCUCCAUCUCCCAGCUCAUGGGGGUGGAACGGGGAGACCUACACCCUUAUGACUCCUCCACAGGCUUCCCCAACUACUAUACCCCAUCCUCCUCCCAAUACUCUAACCCCUACUCCACCACUUGGGAUGGAGCUCCUUUUAUGGGGGAUUCCAUGUAUUACCCCAACAUGUGCUCUGUCCCCAUACUGAGCUCCUCUUGAGCUGAGAGACAGAAAGGGAGAGAGAGAG